AUGCGGCUCGGCUCGGCAACUUCAACGAGCAGCAGCAGCUACCAGCGGCCGCGAUGCCACGACUGGGCCCGUAUGGCUUCGGGCCUGAAGGACUUGAUCCACUUGCAGCAGGACCUCGAGGCGCACAUCGUGACGAUGCGGCUCGCCAAGUACCGGGCCCCGUCCAUCAUGGCAGGGCUAGAGGCGAUGGCCCGGAUCGAGAGGGGACCCGAGAUGAUGCCAGCGACGACACCUCCAAUGACGACCACAGCACCGGGGCAGACCAAGCGGAGCGCGGGAUGCUACCCCAACAAGAUCGACCGGUGCCGGCAUCACCCCGACUUGGCGAGGCGCACGGGCAACAACCACGGCCAGUUCAUGGAGUGUCUGGCCUGCGGCAAGAUGUGGAAAGCUGUCACCUACAAGGUGCCCUACACGGCGGAGACGAUUCCGGUGUAUGUGCUGGAGCACGGCUACCGGAACAUCCCCGGCGGCAAGAUCCUCAAGAAGGGCAUCGUUCAGGAAACUGGCGGCCGCUUUCCAAGCUUGCAGGACUGCUACUCGUCACGGCCGGCUCCCUCCUCGGCGGCUCCGCCCAAGAAAGCUUCGCAGCUACCGCGGGCAUCCUCGAGCAAGCGCAAGGGCAAGGAUUCCACGAACUUGACCACCAUCACCGAGAAGUCGGAAGGCCCGAUGCUGGAGGAUGGCGAGGAUUCGGAGGACCUGGACAAGAUCGACCUUCGGAAGCUGAAGCCGGCCGAGCGCGAACGACUCCAGCGAGAGGCAGCACAACGUCUGGAGGACCGUCGGCAGCACGAAGCCCGCGAGUAUCGUCGUCGCGAGGAGAAAGCCACCGACCGGUACACGAAGCCGGGCGCUCCACCAAAGGUCAAGAUGGCGUUCGAGGCUCCGCCGGACGAGAGGAAGACGGCCGCCAAGGCGAGCGGCAAGAAGAUCGACGAGGACACGGAGUCCAUUUCGAACCACAGCUACUCGGAGGUGGAGCCGGUGACGGACCAGGAGGCUGCUCGGCUGGAGCGGCAAAUGACCGGCGCACGGUUGGACAGUAGCCGUUGGCCCCGGAGGAAGUUUGGCUACGACUUGGUCGAAAUCCUCGGUGGCCACUCAAUGGUUUCGAUCCGGGCUGUGCACCACUGGGACCUUAAGGUGCUUCAACCGGUGGAUCUUCGCUAUGGCCUAGACCUACGGCGACCCGCAGAUCAACAAUGGCUGCUGGACAUCCUGGCGAAGUUCAAUCCUCGGCUGGCGGUGGUGGAGUUUCCAUACACCCCUUGGUCCCGAGUUGGCGCUUCUUCGCCGGGCCCGGAUCCUAGAGGGACACAGCAGGAAGACGACCGGAUCUACUUGCACUUAGCCCAGCGCAUCUUCGAGGAGCAGAAGCGACGAGGCGGACACGCGAUGGCCGAGGUCCCCAGCGAGGUGGCCACCAGAAGUGGCCGAGAACUUGAAGGACUUCGGGAACAACAUUACGAGACCGCCUCGGAGCUCCUCACCUACGACUUUGCCAACAAAGGGAACCACGUCACGACUCGGAGGGUGCGGUUCGUCGCCACGCAUCCUCUGCUGGUGAGAGGGCUGACGCCGGGAGUCGCCAAGGAGACCGACGAGCACCAGCCGCUCUACCCGCCGGCGCUGGGAGAUGCGAUCUGCCGCGCCUACCGGGACGUGGUCUCUGCGGAGGACUUCGGGACAUCGACAACGUGGGCGACGACUACAAGCCGAGCCGUUCACUACGUUGACGCGGUGCGUCGCGAAGACGACUGGAGGCCCCUGUUGGAACAAGCACAGGAGCUCCUCGGCCGCAAGACGGCCCACUCUCUUCAGGUGCAUCCUGGCACCGACCUUUACAAGAAGGUGGAAGCGCUGGUGCCUUGGCAACUUGCGUCAGUGCAAGUGGCCUACCUGCCGAAGGCGAAGCGGGUGAAGACCGGACUGGAGGAAUGCCAUCGGGCAUCCGUGAUGCUCCACAACGAUAACAGCAUCACAGUGGAGACGGAGUUCUUGAAGGACGCCCAGGCCCCUCGCGAGCGUUUCGUGGCCCCCGUGCGAGUGGCCAUCUUUGUGCUCGGCUACGCUCCGGGAGAACCCGAUGCACCAGCUCCAGCCCGGCAGGCAGCAGCACAGCCGGCACCCGAAGACGAGCCAGUGCGCGACGAAGUUCAGGAAGGACUUGAGCGUGAAGGGCUGGCUCGACAAGACUUUGCUGGGGAGUGCUGGUUCUCGGGAGGCCCUUUGAAGCCUAACGAGAAAGUGCUCGCGAAGGCGCUGGUGCGAAUGCACAGGAACCUGGGGCAUCCGCGCCAAGAGGACUUUACUCGCGCCUUGGUGCAAAACUCGAAAGUGGCUCCCGAGGCCAUAGCACUGAGUCGGCGGCUUCGGUGUGCUACGUGUGAGCGGACCCGGAGACCGUUGCCACCAAGACCUACCUCCUUGAAGGCGACCGCCGGGCCGUUCAACUCCCGAGUGUGUUUGGACUUUGUGCACCUACACGACGCGGAGAAGGCAGGCCACCUCUACUUGCACGUCCUCGAGCCCAACGGCUCCUAUAACGUCUUCUGUCCAGUUGAGUCACGCGUGCCGGCCCAUGUUUUCGAAGUUUUCACAACUAUAUGGGCCACCUGGGCAGGAUACCCCGACGUGCUUGUCGUUGACCAGGAUGGCGCGUUCGAGAGCGACUUUGCCGACAAGAUUAACGCCCUCGGCUCGGUGAUCGAGCCGAUCGCGGCCCAGAGCCACUGGCAGGCAGGACAAGUGGAGGCCUACAACCGGGCCUUCCGAUAUGCAGCGGCCAAGGCGAUAGACGAGCACUCCCUGUCGGGAGCCGCGGACAUGAAGAUGUUGGGUGCGAUGAUCGGCGCCGCUCUCAACGAUAAGAUCCGGACCUGCGGUUGCUCCCCCAACGAAUGGCUUUUUGGACGCAGCCCUAAGACGCCCUGGGACUUGCUCAGUCCCGACGGCAAGAUACAAGCAAUGCAAGGGCUGGAACAGGAUGCCGAACUUCGGCGGCGGCAACAAGUGCGGGCGACUGCGGAUGCCAAGGUCGCCGAGUUCGCUGUCAACAAUUCAUUAAGACAGGCCGUUCUUCGUUUAGAUCGCCCGGGACGGAACACCUACGAGCCGGGCGAGCUGGUCGCAUUUUGGCGUGAAGCUAAGAUGAAGAAGGAUCCCAAGUCGCGCAAGCCAAGGCGCGUCCCAGCCGGUUGGUACAGGGGCACGAUCAUCGGGCCCCACAAGGGCAGCCAUGAGCAGUCCAACUACUGGGUGACGUCUGGCGGAAGGUGCCUUUUGGUGUCGAAAGAGCAGCUCCGGCCAGCAUAUGGCACAGAGCUGUGGCGGGUGCAGGAGAGCGAGCUGCAGAACAUCCUGGACGCGCCGCCCGAGACCUUCGAGGAUAUCCGAGGCCAGGGCCCCGCCGAGGCUGUGGCUCACGAUCCAGGGGAAGUUAUCCCUUUCUUCGAAGGCCUGGACGACCUCGACUUCAGCGACCAAGGCACUCUGCCACCUACUCCUGGAGGCGUUCCACUUACUCCUCGAGGACCGCCUGUUCGCGAUCAGGCACUACCAGAAGGCCUCGGACCGGAGGAACGCGAGCGCUCACCCAGGCGGCUGGAACCUGAAAUGAUAGCCUCCGCUGCGCCGUCGGUGGGGACGGAUUUGACUCAAGCGUCCCCUACGAUGCGGAGCUAUGCGGCUCCUCAUCCGGAGGAGCCCGAAGCAAAGCGGCUUCGUUUGGAGGAGACCGAGAACGAGGCUCCCGAGGCCCACGUGCACCUGUGUAACCUCUACGUGCCCGCGACCCUCGAGGAGCUCUACGCUAAGCCCGACCAGCACUUUGCAGCGAACGUCCUGUGUCAGGCGGUGAACCGGAGUGCUUGCACCACACGCAAGGAGCAGAAAGCACUGGAGAAGGAGAUCCCCUACUCGAUGAUACCGGAGCAGGAGUUGCCGGACUACCACGAGGCUCUAGUGAAAGAGUGGGGCGUCUGGACCAAGUACGAGGCCACACACCCUCUGGACUUGGAGGCUAGUGCAGCGGUGGAGGCAAGCUUCGACCGGGCUCGCAUCCUGGAUACGCGUGAUCGAGACCCCGACCUGCUGACCCUUCGGAGAGAUGCGCCGACUAUGACUCGGAUGUCGUUGAUGGUGAUCUUACAGAUCGCAUCGUCUAUGACGUCGUGGUUCCUUUUCAACUCGGACGUCACCGGAGCUUUUCUUCAGGGAGACCAGAGUCUCGCAAGCCGAAAAGAGCCGUUGUUUCUGAGGCAGCCGAAGGAAGGACUGCCGGGGCUAGUGGCAGGCCAACUGCUGUUGGUCGUGCGCGGGAUUUUCGGUUUGGCCAAUUCCCCACGCCUCUUUUGGCGGCACCUACGGGACACCCUGAAGAAGAUCGGUUUCGUGCAGUCGGUGCUCGACAAGGCCCUCUUCAUGUACUACAAGGCGGGCCGGCUGAUACUAGUGCUCGGAGCCCACGUGGAUGACCUUUUGGGUACAGGGGAGCCGGGCACAGCAGACGAAGUACUCGAGAGAGUCAAAAAAGCCUUCGAUUUCGGCGCUUGGGCAGACUCACGCACCGAUGAAGUGCUGGAGUACGGCGGCAAGCAGAUCUCCAAGUUGAAGGACGGGACGGUGACCUUGUGCCAGGAGAAGUUCAUCCAGGCGAUCUCCGUCUACAACGUGCCCCGAUGGCGAUCGGUCACUCCCUUGGAGCCACUGUCGCCAGCCGAAGUUACCGAGUUGAAGUCCGGAGGAGGCUGUUUGCACUGGCUGAUCGGCCAGACCCGUCCGGAUUUGGCAGCCGCGACUUCGUUGAACAUGUCUGGGCAGCCUACCGUUAACAACUUGGUCGAGAUCAACAAGCUCCUCCGCGAGGCUCAGAAGACGCAAGACUGGAAGAUGACCUUCGUCCCAGUUCCAUUGGACAAGGCCAAGAUCAUCGCUUUCAGCGAUGCUUCGUGGGCAAACGCCGAGGGACUGAAGUCCCAAGCAGGCUUCCUCACCUUCGUCGCUGGCCCCGAGGUGAUGACAGUUCAAGGAGACCAAGCUUCGUUAAUGGACUGGCGAAGCCACCGCAUUCAGCGACAGUGCCGCAGCACCCUAGCAGCUGAGACCAUGGCGAUGGACACCGCAUUUGACAGCGGGAUCUUCCUACGCGAGCUCCUCGCCGAGGUGUUGGUGCAGAGCUACAUGCCGGUGCAGUCAGGCUCUUUACCACCUGAGUUCCUUCCGGUGCAUCCUGUAACAGACUGUCGUUCGCUCUUUGACCUUCUUACGAAGGAUGGGCCCGUAAGUAGCACUCAAGAAAAGCGGCUCACGAUCGACAUCAGCGCUAUCAAAGAAGGCGCCGAAGAGUUUGAUCCCGAGGGUGAAGCUCUACGGGAAAUUUUCAAGUGGGCCGACACGGAUCAUCAGUUAGCUGACCAUUUGACAAAAGCCAAGCCCCCUCACCAACUUAGGGACCUUUUGGCAGCCAACUGGUUAUCUCUACAGGCCAAUGAUCCAACCUAA